UCCUCAACUCAACAAUUACACUUCUGUCGAACAUGGCUGUAUCUAUGUGUAUAUAGUAUUAUCGCGAAGCAAUCACGGAAUUGUUUGUUUAUCGAAAUUAUGUUAUCGUGAUCGCAUUUCGUGCUGGUCGAGGAAGUUUCGUGGGGCUAAUGUUCUCUCGUUAACGUAACGGUUCGUUUAAUGAAUCUUUAUGGAUAACCGUGUUUGGUUAUUUUCCACUCCUGGUGCAUCUUACUUGUUGCAACUCUUUUGUAACUGUUCCACGUGCGCUUUUUAAUAUUAUUUUCUUUUCUCCUCGCGUUGAUCUUCAACAAAUUAAUUACUGACGUAAUGUCAGAUACGCUGCAUAAAGAUGGAUAUGAAGUGUCGAACAUAGCAAUGCGUUGUGGAAGUAGUAACAUGGCAGGGGACAGUGACAUGAAGCUAGAGCCGUCAAGUCCUACAGAAAAAUAUACAUUUUCUCGUUGUAGUAGUACUGGCUCUGUGAAUACACCAUCCUCAUCUGCUCAUAAUACAGAGGAUGAGGACAGUGACAAUAAAAGUUCAACAAUAAGUUACAAAGAACGCAGGCGGGAAGCGCAUACUCAAGCAGAACAGAAGCGAAGAGAUGCUAUUAAAAAAGGAUACGAUUCUCUUCAAGAUUUAGUUCCUGCUUGCCAACAUACCGAUUCAUCGGGUUACAAGCUUUCCAAGGCAACUGUACUUCAAAAAUCGAUUGAUUAUAUACAGUUUUUAUUGCAACAAAAAAAGAAGCAAGAAGAAGAACGUAACGCACUCAGAAAGGAAGUUGUUGCUUUACGUAUUAUGCAAGCUAAUUACGAGCAAAUUGUUAAAGCACAUCAAACCCAACCGGGACAGGCAGAAAUGCGCAUAUCCGAUGAAACCAAAUUUCAAGUGUUCCAAGCAAUCAUGGAUCGUUUGUUUCAAACAUUCAAUAACAUUUCUGUUGCGAAUUUUGCGGAACUAUCAGGGUGUGUAUUUAGUUGGUUGGAGGAACAUUGCAAACCUCAGACUUUGCGCGAAGUUGUACUAUCCGUACUCCAGCAACUUAACAGCCAAAUCAGCUAGCCGAAUGUGUUACUAGAAUUGACAGUUGCACAAUAUGCAUGUUUAUACAAAUAUUUUGCUGAUACUUAGGUCAAACUACGGUAGAGUUACCAGAAAGGAUGGGAGUAUGUGUUCUCUACGCAAUACGGGUAGCAUAAUGAUUGCACGAGAGAUAUAAAUAGAAAUUUAUUUUAUAUAUUAAUAAAGAUGUAGAUAUAACCAUGUAAUGUGGUGUAGAAGUCACCCGCGCCGUUAUUGACGAUCAUACGAUGUUAUAUAUUUUUACCAGAAUUUUUUUAUUACAUACAUUUUGUCGCAUAUAUACGAUAUACAACGUAUGUACAUAUAUGUAUGAAUAUAUUCGAGUAUGUACAUAAUAUAUUAACUGCAGCACAGCAGCCUGAAAUAAAAUUCUAAUCAUCUUUG